AUGAAAUUACUUUAUCUGUUAUUAAGUUCUACUAUUUGUUCAUUUAUAAAUGUGCUUGCUGAUCUGCCACCAAAUUGUUUACAAGGAGAUGUAAUUGGUAGAUGGAAAGUGUACUCUGGAAUAUACAAGCCUUGUAAAGAAAUAAACCAAUCAUAUCAAGAUGAUUUCUGUGGUUUUCCAGCUCCAGAUAGAGAUAAUGUUCAUGAAUUUUUAACUCCAGAUGAAUAUGGAAACUUAUUUAAUGAAUAUUUUGAGGUUAUGGAAAAAUUUGAAGUUAUAUUUUCUGCUAAUAGUACUCUAGAAAUUGUGGAAACAACUCCAGACUUUGUCAAUAUCUCUCAUAGAAAUAAAACACCAAAAAAACACACUGAGACUGUUGGAGAUAUAGGCAUGUGGACUAUGUUGCUUGAUCAAGGUUUCAGCUUUGAAACUAAAAAGAGGCAAUAUUUAGGUUUUUUUAAGUAUAUCAAUGAAGAAAAUAAUAUUAAUAGUGCAUUUUCAUAUUGUCAUACAACAAUGUUAGGCUGGUGGGACUCCUCACCUAACUUAAAUCAGAAAGGAGAAACCAAUAGAUUAUUAACAAUUGAAGAAAGAAAAGUUGAUUAUAAACCUUGGAUUCUUACAAAAAAGGAUAGUUUAAUUCAAAGAGGAUGUUGGUAUGGAAUCAGAAUCAUAGAUGGCAAUGGAGAAAUUACUGAUAGAUCAACAUGGACACUAAAAGUACCUAGAUGGAGAAUUUCUCCACUUGGGUUACCUCCUGAUCAUCCUGUAAAUGCCCAGAAUCCUUCUAUUGCUGAAUAUCUUAAAGACUUGUUAUCUACAUAUUCCAAUAUAACAGAUGAAACAAAUAAAUUAUGGGACUAUUCUUAUGAAUUGAUAAUUAGAGGAGAAAAUAUAGCCGAAACUGCUAGAGCAAGAAAAAUAAUAAAAUCUUCACCUUAUUAUUUACCACAAAAAAAAUCUUAUGAAAAGUACUCAGAAAGUAUUUUUAAUGCCAGAAAUUCCUCUAUAUCUAACGAAUCUUUUAAAAUAAAUGAUGGAAAUAAUGAUUCAGAUGAUAAAGUACCAAUUUGGUUAAAAAUUCACCACUUUGAUUGGUCAAACCCAAAACAUGUUUAUGGAAGAAUUGGUAAAUUGCAAAGUGUUGUUCCACAUGCUAAACAUCAGGGUUACUGUGGAAGUUGUUAUGCUUUUACUACUGCUACAAUCUUAACAUCUCGAUUAUGGAUUAAAUACUCAUCAAAUAAUGAUAUAUUUAAUAAAAUACAUAUAUCUCCUCUCCAAAUAAUUCAAUGUAGUGUAUAUAAUCAAGGAUGUGAUGGUGGAUUUAUUACACUUUCUUUGAAAUUUGCAAAAGAUGUUGGAUUACGUACUGAAAAGUGUAUUCAUGAUUAUACGAAAUACAUUGGAGUUAAACAAAUUUUUCCAACACCAGGCAUAUCUCCAGAUGAUGCUGAGUUAGCUGAUGAUGGCCACAGUUUUAUUCAAACUAAGGAAUAUGAUAGUAAUUUAUCAGGUGAUUUUGAUCAUUUGAAUUCUGAUUCAAUUAUAUAUAAAGAUUAUAUCGAGAAUGAAUAUUACUAUUCAAGACAUAAACCACCAAAGCUAUCGAGAAAGUUUAAUAAAUAUUCUCGAUAUCAAUUAAAUAAUCAAUUAUAUAACACACACUCUUCUAAAUCUAAUCAGGUAUUGAAGCUAUCAGUAGCUGAAACAAUGUGCUGGGACUUAGGGGGACAAUUAGGAUAUGCUAUGCAUAAUUGCAAGAAUUUACCACCAAUAAAAGAAGAUCUACCUGAUUCAUGCAAUAUACUUAUAAAAGUUGAUGAAUAUAGUUAUAUAAAUAAAGUUUAUGGUAAGACUACACCUCUUGAUCUAAUGGAGUCCAUUUGGAAUGAAGGACCAGUUGCUAUUAGCCUUGAACCAACACUAGAAUUUUCAUUAUAUAAAUCAGGAAUAUUCAAGGGAUUUUACGAACCAAUUGCACGUAAACACCCAUGGGCAGAUGUAACUUGGUAUAAAGUAGAUCAUGCUAUGGUACUUACUGGAUGGGGUUGGGAGAAAGUUGGAAAUGAGCGUAUUCCAUAUUGGAUUGUACAAAAUAGCUGGGGAUUAAAGUGGGGCGAAGAAGGAUAUUGUCGCAUAAUUAGAGGUAUAAAUGAACUAUCUAUAGAACAAGCUGGUGUUAGAACUUCUGUCAGUAUUUUUGGUAUUGAGGGUGCACAACCAUAUAAUAUGGAGAAUUUACAUGAUGAGUCUGUAUUUGACUUUAUUGAUAAGAAAUAA